GGUUUUGGGUUUAGUUCGCUGCGAUCGCUCAUUGAAAAUGGUCUGCAGGCCGCGCAUGCGCCAAAAACUUUCAAAACCGCCAACGAAACUCGAAAACGAACUGUCUCUAAAUCUGAAAUUGUUUUUGAAUCUCUAUCCGAUUUUAAAGACGCGAUUAAGAUAUCAACGCGAUUAAGAUUUAAUUUCGGUUUUUAACAACAACGUUAAUUUUUUAUUUAAUUAUUUUCUGUGCUUUUUUGAAAGUUGUGAACACAAAAAAAUAAAAUCGAUUUGUUUUUGUAGCUGUGCUGUGCCUGUGUGUGUGUGCCUUUGGUGUGGAGCUGCCGAAAAUUGAAAAUCACCUGGACGAGCAGGAUGCUCCGUGAGUGCCUGGCGCUGAUCGCCCUCCUCCAGCUGGCGGGGGGCGUGGCGCGGGCACUGCCCACCAUCCAGGGCGGGAAUGCCAGGCAGCAGCUGGACAAGAGCUUCUUCCAGCCCCCGGAGAUCGAGCAGACCAUCGACGAAGUCCAAAAGAUACUGGCCAACGAUCCUGCCCUGCCCAGACUAACGCGGGGCGAGAUCGAGGAGCUGUAUGAGAAGGUGACCCGCGAGGAGUACGAGAAGAGUCUGGAAGCCGGAGACAUGAGCCGGGCGGACAGCAUGAGGGCCCUGAUGCUGGUGCUUCCCUUCAACACGGACAACAACACGGAGGAGAACCUCCAGGAGCUGUACACACGUCCCCCGGUUACCCGGGUGAUCGAUGCCUAUACCCCGCCCGAUCCCGUCAAGUUUCUAACCCCCGAUCCCAGUGCUCUGCCGAGGAGCACGGUUCCCGGGGGUAAUCCCGCCGUGGCAGCCACCACUUACAAGCCACCCUAUGGACUGCCCUAUGGCCAGGGAAAUCUUCUCCAGCAACAGCAGCAGUUCAGGCCCAUGCCAGCGGCCACCACCUAUCACCCGCCUGCCCCGCCUCCGGUGGUGUAUCAGGAUUUCAAGCCACUGACUGCCAAGUCGCCGUCUUCCUCCUCGCCGGCUCCCAAUCUGGCUCCUUCGGCGGGUGGGGGCGGGAGAUUCAGCUCCCACUACAGUGCCAAGAACGCCCAGUUCCUGAGGAAGCCCAAGCCGGUCCAAGCCCCUGCCUCCAGUACGGUGAAGCCUGUGGCGGAUAUCCUGGAGAGUCUGGGCAUAGUCUCGGGAGGAUCGGAGGGGGCCCACAAGAGGUACGCCCUGGACGACUACUAUCCGGCGGAGAGUGCUCCGCAGCCCUCGGUGGUGGCAGUGGCCGACCUGCGGGGUCUCCAGGGAGCCCGCAUCCGUCCGGAGGCGUACUCCAACUUCAAGCCCCUGAACAUCGGCGAGGAGUUGCGGGUUAAGCCGGAGGUGGAGGGCUACCUGACCCGGUUCGGGAUCGUGAAGAAGCCCAAGGCCCUCAAGAAGGAGGCCAAGCCCACGGAGGAGCCCACUGGCGCCCACACGGAGCUGUCCACGGCCACCGCGAAGCUGCCACUUCAGGGCAAUGCGGAGCUGGCCAAGCUUCUGGAGAAUCUCCAGGAGCUGGAGCGAUUGCAGGCCCAGCAGGCGAAGAGGAAGCCACCAAGUACGACUACCACCACUACCACUCCUCGCCCCACCACCACUAGUACCACCACCACCACGACAACCACCACAACUCCUGCUCCCGUCCAGCUCAUAACCCACGGGGAGCCCAUGCUCAUUGAGGCGAAGAAGCCCCGGCGGAGGAUCGAUCCCAACAUAGACCUCAACUUCGCCAAUGGAGGGAACCAGCAGGCCACCAGCACGAACGAGCUGUCCAAGCUGUUGCAGAAUCUCCAGGAGCUGGAGAAGCUGCAGAUCAAUCCGGAGAACGUCAUAAAGGCGGCCAAUCCCAGUCCAGGACUACAGGCCCUGAGCAGCAGGUUCACCAGCACGAGCACCACCACCUCCUCCACGACGACGACCACGACACCCUCGCCGGCCCAGAGGGAGGCCCUGGAGCUGCAGAGGAUCCUCAAGCAACUGCAGCAGUUGGAACAGAAGCAGAGGACUACCACCACUAGCACCACCACCAGCACCACGUCGAGACCCGCCAAGAACGGAGGCCUGGGCCUGGGAGCCGCCGAUCUCCUCCAGCUGCAGCGCCUCCUCAGCGACGACCGGGAACUGGAGAAGCUCUACGAGCAGGCUAGGAACGGGGCCAAGAAGAAGCAGUUGCCCAAGACCACCACCACCAGCACCACUACCAGUACAACCACCACCACCACGACCACCCCACGACCCACUGCCUCCGUGGAUCAUGCCCAGUUCGAGGCUCUGAUCACCAGGGUGCAGCAGCUGGAGCAACUGCAGCAGCCCACCACGCCGCCCAACUUUCUCACGAGGAACAUAGCCGGCUCCAGGACAUCCUCGGGAGUGAGCCUGCCCAGCAACGACUUUGCCCACCUCCAGGACAUCUCGCCCACCGCCUCCUCGCUGCCCAGCGGCUCCGGAGGCGUGGAGAUCUCCACAGCGGCCUCCACGUCCAAGCAGAGGCAGCGUCCUCUGAACAACUUCGAGCGGAGCAACGGCCUGUUGCUCCAGGACGAGGUGCAUCCCCAGGACUACGUCCAGUUGCAGAAGCUCCUCAGCAAGGUGCAGGAACUGGAGCGGGUGCAGCUGAAGACAGCCGAUCCCCACCAGCAACUGGUCACAGCGGCUUCCGUGCGGACUCCGGAUGUGAAGAGCCUCCAGGGAGCACACAUUGUCUACGCCCAGCCGGCCAAGGAGCAGGAUCUGGUGGAGCACGAACCCGAGCCGGAGCUCAAGUUGGACUUGCCGGUCUACAAGAAGCCUCUGACCCCCACGCCUGUCCCCUCCGCAUCGCAGACUUCCAGCGAGGAGCUCCGGGAACUGGCCAUGUCGCAGCCGGCUCAUCCGACACAGCAGAAGGGCCAAUCCUCUGGAGACUUUGGCCAGCUGCAGCAGUUCUUCAGCGGCCUGGAGGACGUGGGCGAGCGGCAGAGCUACCAGCACAUGCAGCCCAUCUACAAGACGGUGCCCAGCACCUCCCCGCCGGCUCCACCCCGCUUUGUGCCCUCCAAGAAGGUGACGCCUCUGAGCUCGGGUCCCCGGAAGGCGGAUCUGGAGGAGCUUCAGAAGCUGCUCUACAACACCCAGCAGCUGCAGAAGCUGGGCGUGGCCCUGCCCCACGAGCUCUCCCAGCAAUUGGAGAGCCAGCUGCAGGCCACCUCCUCCUCCACGUCCACGUCCUCGUCCACCACCAGCACCACCCCGGCUCCGACGCACGACACCUCCUCGCCGGCGGUCUUCUCGCUGACCACCAUCCGGCCGAGGAUCAGACCCAUUCCGGAGCCCCGGCCCAGCACGGAGAGCAGCCUGGAGCUGCCGGUGUUCAGCGCCACCAAGAUCAUAGAGGCGGCCAUCAAGCGGGCGGCCAACCGGAUCGGAGUCAGCACCGAGCUGGCGCCCAUAACGAUGGGCCUGGGUGUGGGUUUCCGGCGGCGCAGUGACGAUGUCCUGGCCGAGGACGACCUGGAGGCGGGGGGAGGCGAGGCCCGUGAGGGCGAGCUCGAUGGCGACCUGAUGGCGGAGUUCAGCGAGCUGAACUACCAACUGGCCAAGCCGGAGACGCCCAAGGAGAAGCGGGAGAACUCCCCCGCCAGUGGCGGCAACCUGAGCGAACUGCAGCGUCUGAUCAGUAACCUCCAGGAGCUGCAGCAGCUCAACGUGAGCCUGGACAAGGUCAAGGUGGUCACUCCCACGCCCAGUCCGGAUGCCGCUUACCUACAGUCCCUGCAAAAUGGCCAGGACGAGACCCUGAAGUCCCGGAGACAGAGCGAAAAGAAUGAAACGGAGACGGAGGCGGCACCAGUAGCGGAAAAGGACAAGGAAACUCCGACGGAAACGGAAGUCCAGACCACCCAAGCGCCCACCAAGAUCAGCUUGAGUCUGGGUCUGGACGAUGGCGACAUCAAGUCCUCGCCGGAGGAGACGGAGAGCAGCACCAGUGGCACGACCACCACCACUACCACCACUGAGGAGCCACGCAAUGGAUCCAUCGACGACCUGGCCGACUCCUUCGGACCGGAUCCUGUCAGCGAAGAGCCGCCGCCGCCAAAGAAGAAGAACGGCUUCUACUUCCUGGCCGAUUGGAACUCCUUCCUGGAGGUGGGCGACGGCGACGACCAGGUGGUGGUCCGGCUCAGCCCGAAGAUCGGCGACCCGCGUCUCUUCCUGCCCGUGAAGAUACCCUCCUCCUAGGCGGAGAUACUGGGCAGUAGCUGUACAUAUGUUCUCUAUCUAGACUUCCGUCCUUUCCACCUCCACGUAUCCACGUCCCUUCCUGUAUCGUAAUGUGUGUGUGUAUUUAUUGUAGUCACUGUCCCCGAAUCCCCGUAACAUAUUUUUUUUGGGCUUAGUGUUUCGAGAGAGAGCGGGAUCCGUGUCCGGGGAUUUCUAAAAAAUAGUCAUAAGUCGGGCCUAGGCUGUAAGAGUCAUUCAACCAGAAUCGAGGUCGUGUAACUAGAAACUCUGAAAUAAAAGUAUAUCUUGAUUUAGUUA